UUGUAGGGUUUUAACUUCAUAUCCCAGCCGCACAACUCAUUUCUCACACUCUCACCUCACCUCACCUCACCUCACCUCUCUGACUCUCUCUCUUUCUCGCUGCCGCACAGCUCGCACAAGCAAACACCGUUCCGCCUCCACUUCACCAUCAGAUCACCACACCAAGUCAUCACCUCACCUGCGCUGCGCCGCUGCCACCGCUCCAGCGCCACUGCUCCACCAAAUCGGUUCAAGCUCUCAAGAGUUCAACUUAUCAAAUUAUUUGAGUUAUAAUUAUUCUCCACCAAAUAGGCUUACUGUAAGAAGAAGAGACCCUAACUGAACCAGCACCUAGCAUAGGUUAACCAGCCCAGCUCCGUAGGUCAUCGCUUGAGCCACUCCCAAGCAUUUCGCAGAUGAUGGGGCUCGAACUUGUGACCUCCAAGUCACAAGGUGAGUUCCCCACCAACUCCACCAACUUAUGUUGGUCGUUUACGUAUAGAGACUUAGUUGAACUAAACGCUGAAUCUACUACUCCGUACUUAUUCAAAAUUUUCACAUCGGUUGUUACUAGGCCAGGUGCGAGAAGAAGGGAGGCUUUUGCAUUGAUGGAUCAAUAAUGUUAUCUCAAAAUGUACCCCAUGUUUAGUAAAAAAAAAUAAGAGGGUAAUGUUAAAAAAUAAUGUUCAUGGGAAUAAUUUCAGCAAUUAAUGUUAAACUGCUGAUGUUACUUGGAAGAGGGUAAUAGGUAACAACAGAAAAAUCCCAAAACAGAAUAUCCAUUAUAUUACUUUGGCACAUUUAUGCUGAUCAAAAGUGUAUCAUCGUCUGUGACACCACUUGUUUUUUUAAAUGUGCUUAUAUAAUCGAUCUGCUAUCAUCUGGAAAACAAUCUGUAGUAGUUGAAGAGAAGAGUUCUCAAGUUUGAUGAUGAAGUUAAAGAGGAGGUGGCUAAGGCUUGCAGGAAUAAAAAUAUAUAAAGCCAGCUUCUAGGAAUCAAUGUGUGAGUUUUGCUGAAGCAGUCCAUGCAAUUUGGGGGUCAGGGGAACAGGAUAAUUAUGUAAUGCUUUAGUUUCAAAUUAGCUUGCAUUAUUUGUUACUCUUAGGCCUCCAAAGGAAGAUUCUCUCUCACAGCCCCUUCCUCUAUGAGAUACUUAUGCUCUUUGGCCGGGGAUCAAAUCGGUGUGAGUCAAUAAAAGCAAAGUGUAGACGAUGGUAUGGGAAAAUAGAGGAAAGCAACCUUCCUUUAUCAAAAUGAUUAAAUUCCUAAUCUUCAAUUCAUUGUUGCUAUUAUAUUGGCCCCUACUUCACCUUACUGUUACAUUUGUACAUUCAAGUACUUCUAGUUAUAGCUUAUCCUAAUUUCUUGAUAAUAUGUAAUAUGUUUAUAUAUUUUAAUUUAAGGUAAAUUUAACUUAUUUAAUCAACCAUUUUUAUCUUAUUCACAUAUGUACUAACUUUAAUAUGCAUGUUUUUACUAAUCAUACAUCAACCAUGCAUGAUUUGUUUAUCACUAAUUCAUGCAUGAUUUAUCUACCACUAUAUGCAUUCAUGCAUGAUUUAUCUACCACUAUAAACAUUCAUGCAUGAUUUAUCUACUACUACUAUAUGAUGCUACAUAAGACAAUGUAAAUUGACAAGAAUUAUAAAGUUCAACUCACAUACUUGUUAAAAAAAUAAAAAAAUAAAAAAAAAGCUCUUAGCAAAAUUUGAAGCAAAUUACUCAAAUGGAAACAAUAACAAUCAAUAAAAUUAAAAGAAACUUCUUCUUCUCUCUCUGGUGGCGCACGUUUAGGGCGAUUACUAUCGUGCACCCACUCCAUUGAUGGGGCGGAAGAAGAAAGCUGUGAGCUCUACUCCUUCACUAGGUUCUCCUUCAGUGACUGGUGAGAAAGCUAUUGCAAGUGUAAGCACUGUUCCAUUGGUGAAAACACCGUUGCUUGAGCAACAAGUAACAACAUCCCAGAAUCGAUUGAGCGCCAUGGAUCAGCAAGGUGAGCUUGUUUCUUCUUCAUUAGUUCAUCCAAGUGCUGGAUUGAUACCUCUAGAGCUCCAUAACACGAUUUUGGCUUACGAUCAAGUUCUCGGCUUCUCUGGUUCUGCUGGAAACCAAAUAGAGGCGUUAUUUUCGAAUUUGGGGGAAAAUGAUGUUCAAUCUCAGAUUGGAAACAGGGGAGGAUCAGGAACUGGUGAUUUAGAGAUGCAACGCAGAAUGAGGGCUUUGGCCUCUCAAUUGAGGGAAAACCUAGAGCAAAACCAGCCUAUCUGUGCUCCUACUCAGCCUGCACCAGUGGCUCAAAGGCGAUUGGAGAUGGAUGGCACUCAGGCUCCUACCACCUGGUCUAGCUUAUUUCAGAGAUCUCCUUUAGCAGGUAAAGGUGUUUCUCUUAAGUUUGUUGCUCCACUAGUUAAAGAGGGUAAGAAACUUGCUCAAUUACAGAAGAAUGAGGUAGAUGAUAUGACUAGGAAAUGGUUAGCUGCUAUUGUGUUGUAUGUAGUGGGUGAUACUCCAACCAUUGCUGCUAUUAAGAGGUUCAUUUCUGCUAACUGGGUCAACAUUGGUACACCUAAUGUUUUUCUGCAUGAUGAUGGGUAUUUCAUUAUCCAAUUUGACUCAGUUGAUGAUAGAAAUUCUGUGAUGAGUGGAGGUACAUACACGUUUUUCAGUAAGCCAAUGAUCAUUAAAUCCUGGUCCCCAGAAUUCAAUUUUUAUGAAGAAGUUUUAAGGGUCAUUCCAUUAUGGGUUAGAUUGCCUAAUCUCCCACUGAAUUGCUGGAGUGGUGAUUCUCUUAGUAGGAUUGCUAGUUUGUUGGGAGUUCCUAUUUGUGCUGAUGACUGCACUACAAGACAACAGAGGGUGUCUUUUGCUCGAGUUUUGGUGGAAAUGGAUGUGACAGCAAUUCUGCCUGAUCAUAUCUGGAUUGAAGAUGUGAAUGGUCAAGAAUUUAAACAACAGGUUCAAUAUGACUGGAAACCCUCUUAUUGUCAUAAAUGCCAAUUACCAGGCCAUAACUGUGCUAGUGUUGCUAAAACUCAAGUGCAGCAAGCCAGUAAGCCACCCCAGGUGAAGAAGAUGUGGGUUCCAAAGAAAACAACUGUACCUCCAGCAGUUAUUGUAACUCCUUCUGCUACUCCUUUGAACCAGAGCUUGGUUGUGAAUCAAUCAGGUGCUGAUGCUGGUUGGAAGGUGGCUACUAAAGGAGCAAGAAGUAGAGGUGUGCCUGUGUCACACAACAACUCUUUUAGGCCUUUGAAUGAAGAUGAUUCAUAUGAGGUUGUUGUGGAGGAUGAUGUAGAGGAGCUGCUGGAUGGUGAUUCUGGGCCAAUAUCUGAAUGUUGAAUCUUUUCACAUGGAAUAUUAGAGGGCUAAAUGAUCCCUCUAAGGUCACUGAGGUAAAAAGGCUUAUUAGUACCUAUAAUAUUAAAAUUAUUGCAAUUUUAGAAACUAGA